UUGGCAGGUGGAUCAUAUUACCUGUACGGCUUUUAUAACUUUAUUUCAAGUUACACUUUGCUAGCAGUACGUCUGCUGGACUGAUUAAUUCAUGUUGAUAUUCUGCAGUGUUGUAUUAUGGACUCUUAGGGCCGCUGUUGACCGGAGUGUGCAUGGCUGAGAGUAGGGCUGUAGCUGCACCUCCUAUUUAACAUCACCAUAAUGAAGAGAGAACACGACGGGAAAGAAGCGACUUUCUGGAUAUGUAGAAGAUCUGAUUAACGACACGACGACCUCCAGCACUAUUGUUUUCACUGUUUGGAUUAUACAACUGCGAAAUUGAUGUUUGUCACCGGGAUUGAUUUCAGUUAAUGGGAUAUAUAAUCGGAUGUUACACGUUUCUGAGAAAAUACUCGGAUAGAACAAUGAAAGGACAAGCGCUGUUGUUCAUUGGUCUCCUUUCGCUCGGCUCGGUAAUGGGGCAGGCCAGCUACACAAUACCGGAGGAAAUGGCGAAAGGUUCUUUAGUCGGUAAUAUAGCACAAGAUUUAGGUUUAGAUACCAAACGUUUGGCUUCUGGCAAAGCUCGACUCUAUACCCGAGACAACGACGAGUACAUCAAGCUGAACAGAGAGAGAGGAGUCCUUCUUGUUAAAGAGAGAAUCGACAGAGAGGUGCUCUGCAGACAAACGACGCCUUGUGCUUUACAUUUUCAGAUUAUUUUGGAGAAUCCUAUGGAAUUUUACAGUGUAACAGUCGGGAUCAUAGAUAUCAAUGAUAAUGUCCCAACAUUUGAAGAAACGGAAAUAAAAUUCAAAAUAAGUGAGUCAACGAUAACCGGGGCAAAAUUUGUGCUGGAAAGGGCUGUGGAUCUUGAUGUUGGAAUUAAUGGUGUUCAUAGUUACGAAUUAAGGCCAACCGAUAAUUUUGCUUUAAAACUGCAGCAUAACGCUGAAGGAAAUAAAAACGUUGAGAUGGUGCUUAAGACGCCUUUAGACAGAGAGAAAACUGAACAGAUAUCUCUUGUGUUAACGGCUGUAGAUGGAGGAGAGCCGCAGAUGUCAGGAACAAUGCUGAUUGUCAUUACAGUUUUAGACGCUAACGAUAACGCCCCCGUUUUUACACAGCCAACACACAAGGCCACAGUUUAUGAAAAUUCACCUAAAGGCACAAUUGUUGCCACUGUAACAGCCUCCGAUGCAGAUCAGGGCUCCAACGGUAAAAUAACGUAUUCAAUCACAAAUACGUUAGAAAAUGUAAGGAAAGUAUUUAAAAUAAACAGGGAAACUGGCGAGGUUACUUUAAUUGGAAAUAUUGACUUUGAAGACUCGCAACAUUUUGAAUUAAAUGUGCGUGCUAGUGACAACGGAGGACUUACAGACUCUAGUAAAUUGAUUGUUGAUUUACAAGAUGUAAACGACAACAAGCCUGAAAUAAACAUAAUGUCGAAGUCAAAUGUGAUAUCAGAGGAUGCCAAACACAAUACUGUUGUUACAAUGAUAAAUAUUGAGGACAAGGACUCAGAAGAAAACGGAAUAGUGCAAUGUUUUAUUAACGAAAAUGUACCAUUCGUUUUAAAAUCAUCAACCAAUAAUUUCUAUAGUUUGUUGACAGACAGUGAUUUAGACAGAGAUAUAUCCUCUGAGUAUAAUAUAACUGUGACCUGCUCUGAUGAGGGAGUGCCCUCCCUCUCCAGCAGCGUCACUCUCACC